AUGGUCGUGGACGAUGAGGCUACACACAGCUUGACGCAAGUUGCACGCAUGAGCGAGCUCACGGACUGCGGCGUAUCGCUUCUGGAACGCAUGGAGCUCGAUCGUCAGCCAUUCCCAGAGAUGAAUGUCGUGUAUUUUAUCGCUCCCACAGCUGCCAACGUGCGUCGUCUGGCGAGAGACUUCGAAGACCCCAACAAGCCGAAAUACAACGACGUGUAUCUUUACUUCCUAUACCAUGCAGGUGAAGAUGCUCUCAGUGAGCUAAAGCAUGCCCCUCAAGCUUUAUUACAAAGACUGAAAGCUUUGCAGGAAGUCAAUGUGGACUUCUUAGCUGUUGAGAAAUGUGCGUUCUCUUUCGGAAUGCACGAAGCUUUCCAUACUCUGUACUCUCCUGCUACCAAGAAGAGUGAGAGUGAGAUGCUCAUGCAGAAAAUUAGCAGUAAGCUGGUGUCGGUCUGUGCUACACUUGAGGAGUACCCUUAUGUAAGGUUCCAGACUGGACAUACUCGCAUGGAGACACUGGCCCAAAUGUUCCAGAACAAGAUGAACGACUACUUGGCUCAGAACUCGACGUUUUCGUAUGCUCCAAAGCGAGGCACUUUGUUGUUUAUUGACCGUGGACAAGAUAUGGUCACGCCACUGAUGCACGAGAGCACAUUCCAGGCCAUGACGUACGACUUGCUGGGCGUGAAGGGCGAUCAGAUCGCGUAUGAAGCGGAAACCAAUUCAGGUACGACGACGAAGACGGCAUUUCUGAACGAAAACGACAAACAGUGGGUAGAGUUCCGCCACACACAUAUAGCUAAAGUCAGUACGGAAAUUGGCAAGCGAAUGACUGCGUUGUCGGCAUCGAAUGCAGGUACUUCUCUUGGUCGAGGCAAAAGCACAGAUCUGCAGGCUAUGGCUGCCGGAUUGCGUGAGUUGCCUGAGUACCGUGAAAUGCUGGGGAAAUUAUCACAGCACUUGUUCUUGGCGGGUAAAGCCAUGGAGAUUUUCACCUCUACGGGCUUACUUGAAGCCUCCAACAUCGAACAGACCCUGGCCACGGGUGUUGAAGAGUCUGGGAAGAAACUGAAGCACUCGAUAGUGGCCAAGCAGCUUGAAGAUGUGUUCAAGGACCCGAAAUUGACAGAGAACGAUCGCUUCCGCGUUGCAGCAGUUUUUGCAUUAACUCAAGACACGAUGAAGGAAGCAGAGCGCAACAAGGUCAUCCAAGCCGCGAAACUUUCCAAGAAGCACGAGGCUAUUCUCGAAAAUAUGGUGCUGGUAGCUGGUACCGGGCUGUACAAGCAGAAUGGCAACUCGCUGAUUUCGAACGAGGAACUGAAGCUGGCUACGAAGAAGGCCGAGGCGGUGGAAUAUUCAAACGCACGUUAUGACCCCAAGAUCAAGUCUAUUGUGGCAAGUGCGCUCAAACGUACUCUAAGUGAAUCCGAGUACCCAUAUAUUAUCACGCCACCACCCGAAAGUCCGACUGCCUGUGAUUCCAAGAAGGCUGGUCCGGUUUCUUUACGAAAGAAAAUGGCUGGAAAAGGCAAGGCUCAGGAAACCGCGGCGGAGAGUGAGCACUUUUCUGGUGAGAAAAUGAUCGUCUUCGUGAGCGGUGGAGCCACGUAUUCGGAGCUUCGCAGUAUCUACGAGAUUCGUAGUGAAGAGAAGCGUGACGUAUUUCUAGGAACGACGUCCUUCGUGGCACCACAGACGUUUAUUGAGUCACUCGCGACACUCAAGGAUGCCAACCCAACACUAUCAUCUCCCCCCAUCAGUGGCCAAGGCGCCGAAGUGAUGCCCCUGACGGGCGGCGAGAUCCACCUUCAAGUUGAAGCGCAACAGCUGGGAAAGCCGGCAUCAACGCUGUGA